GAGAUCAUAUUAGGUUCACACUAUCCUCUCAUGUCAACGGGCUGGACCAACCUAAUUUAUUGCAACACCCAUAUGGUUUAAUCUGAAUUGAGAGGUGUGUGAUUUGAUCUGAGUUGUUAGCUGAGUUUGUUGGCGGAAGGGGAAAGGAAAGAUGUCAUCACUGGGAACUUCAAAGGGGAUUCUAGAGAUCGCCAAGUUUGGGGUUUACGUUACUGUACCCAUCGUUCUUAUGUACGUUUAUGCUAACAAUACUGACAACACCCUCCACAAGUUCAUCAGAAAAAAAACUUAG